AUGACCACUUACGCUGUUGCCGAAGUAAUCGUGACGCAGUGGAUUGCCAGGUUUGGAGUGCCCUAUGUAAUAACCACUGACCAAGGUAGGCAGUUUGAAUCAGACUUGUUCAGGCAACUGAUGUCGUCGUUCGGGAUUCAAGACCUUCGAAGUUCGCCAUAUCAUCCGCAGGCCAAUGGUCUGGUCAAGCGGUUCCACCGUCCUUUGAAGGCUGCCCUCACAGCUCACGAUUCUCUACAGUGGACGUUACGGCUACCUAUCGUACUUCUCGCUUUCCGCAAUUUGGUCAAACCAGAGCUCGGUUGCUCACCCGCGGAACUGGUGUACGAGACAACCCUGCGAUUAUCCGGUGAAUUAUUCCAUACUUCUACUCCUGCGGUUAAGGAACCCUCCGAGCUACUCAGAUCACUCCAAUCGCAAAUGCAGUCGCUACAACUAACACCCGGCACGAACCAUGGACGCCGAGCGGUUUUCUUUCCCAGCCAGCUGUCGAGUUCCACACAUGUUUUCGUGCGCGUCGAUGCCAAGCGCCCCCCGCUUCAGCCCUGUUAUGACGGACCCUACACCGUCCUGGAUCGUCGGGAAAAGAUUUUCAAGGUCCAGACGAGUUCCAAGCAGUCAUGGAUUUCCGUGGACCGCCUUAAACCAGCGUUCAUCCUCAAUGACAACCCACCUGCGGACCAUACCUACGCAGCCAGCGAGAUAGCCCAUCCUUCACCUCAAACCAAACGCGUCCGUUUUCGUUCCCAUGGGGGGGGGAGUAAUGUGGCGACACUUGUCCCACAUCAACGCGACAGGUGA